CUGCCCCCACACGAGCUUCGCACGCGCUCCCGCAAUAUAAUGUCGCCAGUUCCACCGUGCUCAAGCCAUAAGUACUGGCCUUGAGUCGGCCCAACACCAUGGCCCAUCAAACACCACCACCACCAGGCGAGGGCUACUACGUCCCGAGUCAUACCACCGAUCAUCCAUACCAAUAUGCUCAGAGGCAACCGGGGCCAGACGAGUCCCCGAACUGGGCCGACGGUCUAGAGGUUGUACCAUACGAAAAACUCAAGGAUACACAAUGCUGGCCCGAGGUUCGUCAGGAGGAAGUGGGCAAGGAAGUCACUCCGGACACUGCUCUGGCCAACUACUGGAAAUGGAAGGAUGAACGCGAUCAGUACAAUGCUGGCCGAGCACCCGAAGUUGCCGACACUCAACCCAGUGCCAAGCCGAGCCGAAAGCGAUUAUGCGUUAUGCUAGGGAGUGUCCUUGCGGCUAUCUUGAUAGUCGCUGCUAUUGUCGGCGGUGUGGUCGGGAGUAAGGUGACUCGAGAACUGAAAGCAAACACGAAUCCGGUUCUCGAUAGCGGUGGUCAUGGUGGCUCUUCGACCACGAUACCGACUCCAUCACAAACAACGACGGGAGGAGGGGCAGUCUCAACUACUGCUGCUGCUAACGCUGGAGCAAUUCGUUCAGGUUCACCUUUUGCCGUCGCCAGUUGGCGGAAUGACAAGGGCAACGUUGCGCUCUACUUGUUCUACCAAGACAAGAGCAACGAUGUCUACUACAUCAAGCACGACGGAGCCACGUGGGGAAAGCCUGUCAACAUCAUAACCGGUCUCAGGAGAAACACCCGUCUAACCGCCACCAUCAUUCUCAAUGGCUUUGGUAACCCCGCAAGGCCUCACGUUAUUCUGACCUACAUCGGUGCCGGUUCUACCGUACUAGGAAUGGCGAUCAACGAGAACAAUAAUCCUGCUGUCAGUGACGACCCUAACAUCAAGAAAAUGUCGCUUGAGGCCAUGGCCAAUUCAAGCACAGCCAGCUAUUAUCCCGCAACCGUAUACCAAGCUGCGAGCGGGGAACUCGGCCAGGCUCUUAUAUUCAUGCUUCAGUGGCUCAAUCGGAUGACGGGAAUAAUGGCGCUUCCUGGCACGAGCUUGGCCAUGGUACCCAUCUCCACUCGCUGGGCAAACUAUUCGACAUCGGGGGGAUAUGGCUUGAUUUACCAGAAGCCAGACGGUCGUAUGGCCGCUGCUGUCCCCAAUCUAGGCCCUGAUGCUAGGACCGACGCCGUUAGCCCCUGGUUUAACAGUUCUAUUUUCCCCUCCGACAUCACCCCUCCCAACGGCGCCCCUAUCGCCGCCUGGAUCACCAGCCGUCCCUCCUCUCCUUCCCACUUUCCGAACACGUACAUCUUCUACCUCGACUCUGACUCCAACAUUCAGAUGGUUUACACCUCCUUUUCCGGGUCUGGAGACGGUUCUCCAUCAUGGAAGACGUCCGCGCCAGAAGCGCUGAAAGGGUUGGACAAAAACACGGAGAUCGGAUGUGUCCUCAUGGCGAGCAUUGACAAGGAUCAGAAUGGGAACGAGAUUCCGAUUGAGGAAGAUUCGGAGGAGGUCAAUAGGUGUUUCUUCCAGAAGGGAGGAAAACUUGUGGAGGCGAGGAUGAGUGAGAGUGCAGGGACGGGGGAGUGGAAGAUUGUGGGAGAGGUGCCGCUGCCUUUGUGAUCAGGCAAAGAAUGUAGAAUAAACAAUUAUGAUACCCUUUCAGCGUCCCUGGUAUUGAUGAAUCACCUUGACCAGUGACGGUCAAUCAUUCUCGAGGAUGGGAAUCACGACAGCUGAAAAGAAUGAGCGGGAACUGUUUGUCACGCAUUGGAUUUUGUCAUCAUCCAAUA